AUGGCCAAAAAAUUUGAAUAUGAAUUUCUAAAGAAUGAACCCAAACGUAUCCGCGUUUGUUGUCGAUAUAAGGAGACGUAUGGAUGCCCUUGGAUGCUCUUUGCAGCUCCUGUUAAAAAUGAUAAAAGAAUGAAAAUCAAAAGGUUUGUGAAUGAACACAGUUGCGGACAACAUUCUAACUUGUCAGGGCAAUCAAGAGCAUCUCGCAAGUUCAUAGCAGCCCAAUUGCGAUCGGUAUUAAAGGCACGACCUGAAAUCCGCCCAAUUGAUGUGCAAAAGAACUUCCUCACUCGAUUUGGAUUGAGACUUGAAUACAGUAACAUAUGGUGGGGCAAAGAAAGAGCGCAGCAGGAUAUGUAUGGUGAUAGUUAUGAGGCUUAUGAUCAAUUAAGAUGGUAUGAGCAAAUGGUGAAGCAAACGAAUCCAGGAAGCUACAUUUGCAUUGACCAGAAUGAAGGAAGGUUCAGAAGACUGUUUAUAUGUUAUGCUGCUUGCAUCCAGGGUUUCUUAAAUGGGUGUAGACCCCUUUUAUUUUUGGAUGGGACCUUUUUGAAAGACAGAUAUAAAGGCAUGCUUCUGAGCGCCAUAGCCUACGACGGAGACCAAGGGAUAUUUCCACUUGCGUAUUGUAUAUGUGAUCAAGAAAAUGUUGAUAAUUGGAGAUGGUUCCUACAAGACCUAUGGUCCAUACUGUAUGAAAGGUUGGACCCGUACAAUCCCCCUCACCAAUUGGUAAUUAUUUCUGAUGCCGACAAGGGGAUUCGAGAAGCCGUGAGAGAAUAUUUACCUAAAGCAAUUCACUCACGCUGCGUUCUGCAUCUAGUUGAAAACUUUAGAUCAAAGCUCAAGGAUUUGGGAAUGAAGGCAAAGGACACACAGGUUUUGGGGAAUUUGCUCCAAACUGCUUGA